AUGAACGUCUACUCGGACGAUCAACACACAGCCAUUGAGCACCUCGUUGCUCAUGUGCAUUCUCUUCCACCCUUCAUAUACAUGGCAGGCGAUUUUAACUGUGUUUUGAUGACCUGGGAUGAUUAUGAUCAUGGUGAGUCAAUGACAGCAAUAUCUCUGCAGGACACUGCAUCUCAGAUCGGCCUCAAGUGGGCACAACCUUCUAACCACAGACCGACGAGGAUCAGUCCCAAUCCAAACCAGAGAUCCAAUGUGUUGGAUCUUGUCUGCUUAGCUCCAUCUGAGAUCUUAAUCUCAAUGCCCAGAUUGGAGCACGAUCUCCAGGGUCUGUCAGAUCAUGUCCCGAUCUGCACAGAUCUUGAUAUCAGUCCUGAACCACCCAGAUCUGGGCGACGGACAAUUAAACCUGGAAGCGAGGCUGAGAAGUCUUUCAUUUCAGAUAUUCUCCAGGAUCGUGUGGCCAUUCCCGUUGCAGCCCUGGCAACCAAGGAAGGCAUUGAAGCUCUAGCCGAUGCUAUUGCAACAGCGUUCUCGGAUGCAUGGCUUGCCCACUUGACCAAGUCCAGACCUACCAAGUGCUCCAAGUCCUGGUGGACGGACAAGUGCUCGGAUACAUUCAGAGUGUAUCAGUUGAGCCGUUUGCUGGCUGAUUACAACAAGUUCAAGAAGGCAUGUAAGAAUGCCAAGCGUGAUUUCUUCGAUGAAGAUAUCACAGAGAUUGCUACUUCUCGCAAGCGCCCAUGGGACCUGAUUGAACAGCCUUGUCAUGAUAUGGAUGACCUCUGGGACACCCUUCACGGCAUGUACAACUCGGCUUCUGGUCACAAGCAUGACACCUCCAUCUUAGACGAGCUUCCUGAUGAGCCAGUCUCAGUGCUCAAUGGCAGCCUGCUCACUAUCUACAAUCACGCUGUUGAAGCUCCAAAAAUUCAGAGCCCCGAUAAGUUGGAUCCUGGAAAGUGGAACUCCACAAAUCCAGGGCUGAGUGUGCGGCUUGAGAGCAAAGCACAUCUAUGGAAUUAUGUCCCAGUCAAGCAGGCAAACUGCCAACAUAUCAUGGUGUUCACUGACUCUAUGGGCUCGGCCCACAGAGCGGUGGACCCCUCCGUACACUCUGGUCAGACUUUUAGUCUGUCAGUUUGUCGCGCUCUCCAAGAGUGGUUCGAGGUGGAUGAUCUCUGCCGCAUCACCUUUGUCUACGUUCCAUCUGCUUUGCAGUGGGACAUUCAUGGUGAGGCACACAAGUACAUCACCAAACUUAAAGUCAGGGUUGGACGUCGCAAGACAGACAACUCUAUAGAUGCGCUUCGCUCCCGAGCCGCGCACUCAGUCCUGGAUUCGUGGAGCUCCACUUUCCAGGAUUCAACUUACCGGGGCUCUGAGUUUUUAGAGCUUCAACAGCCUGAUGGGCGGCUGCUACAGCCAUCGUACCUCAAUGGGGGACCUUGGCUCUCAACAUUCGGACACAGUAUCACUGAGUUUGCUCGCGUUUGCCGGUGUAUAACUGGCCACGCGCCCAUUGGAGCAUAUUACCACCGCUUCAAGAUCAAUGAGCCUCAUGGCUGCACUUGCGGGGCUGCUCUGCAGUCCCGCCAGCACAUCCUCUUUCGCUGUCAUGAUAGAUACUCUGUACACUAUCCCCAUUUUCUUGGGGAUAUUGCAUCAUUUUUGAAGUACAACCCUACGGCGUUUGGCUUCAACCAGGACCCUUUGGGUGUCAGAUGA